UGCAGUUUUGAAAAGUUAUGAUGAGUUUGGAGAAGUGCGAAAAGUCGUCAUGGUGACAUGGGGUUCUCUUUUUGUCUGAAAGCAAAUUUUUUGUAUGUUCUCAUGCUUGCUGUGCUCUCGCUCUUGUUCAAUCUUGGCCACGGUCUCGCCGUAAGUAAGUGAAUAUCUCGCUUUGCCAACCGUGCAACGAGCCAACAAAGCCCCAUUUCGCUUGACUCAGAAGCAGCAGAAGAAUAUAUCCAAGCAGCGUGAGCAUGUCAAGUUGGCUUUUCUCUUUUCGACGGAAAUUCUCCUUGUUUCUUUUGCCAUCUCCAUACGAGAUUUCAAGAGAUUAUACGUUCUCAUUAAGAUCUUGAUUGCACUUCUCACCUGAAAACUGCUCUCUUUGAUUCAGGCUGUGAGAGAGAACAAUAAUGUCACUUGGUGGGAGAAAACUAGUGGUCCUGGGGAUUCCAUGGGAUAUUGACAGUGAAGGGCUACGGCAGUAUAUGAGCCAGUUUGGUGAAUUGGCUGAUGUUAUGGUGAUGAAGAAUCGUGCAUCAGGACGCUCACGUGGUUUUGGCUAUGUUACAUUUUCCUGUUUGGAAGAUGCGGAGAAAGCACUUUCAGCCCAACAUAACUUAAAUGGGAGGACACUUGAGGUCAAAGUUGCAACUCCUAAGGAGGAGAUGGCACCUUCAUCCAAGAAAACCAGUCGCAUAUUUGUUGCCAGAAUACCUCCAAGUGUGACAGAUGAAGAUUUUCACAGCUAUUUUAUGAAGUAUGGUCCACUGGUAGAUGCUUACAUGCCAAAGGAUCCAGUAACAAAGCAACAUCGGGGGAUAGGAUUUGUUACAUAUGAAAAUCCAGAUUCAGUAGACCAUCUUAUAUCAGAGACUCAUGAACUUGGAGGUUCUAGAAUUGCCAUUGAUCGAGCAACUCCCAAGGAGGAUUCCAGAGGAUACAGGGUUUCAAGUCACUAUCUUAAGGCAACACAUGAUUCUAGAACAUCAAAUAUAGUUGGUUAUAAAACUGAUGGCUGUUCAAGAACAGCAACAAAUGAACUCCAAGCGGACAAAUUAUUGCCAUCUGUUUUCCACUCUGUCAAAGACAACACUAGCUCAGGAUGUGCAUCAAUUGCAGGAGGUAUCAUUUCAAUAGGGAGCAGUACUGUACAAAUUGCUGAAGGUGCCACAAUAAGAGCAGAAAAAAAGAUGUUCAUAGGUCGUGUCCCUGUGGAAGCUACAGCUGAAGAUCUGCAAGCAUAUUUUAGCCAGUUUGGAUGGGUUGUUGAUGUUUACUUGCCAAAGGAUGCAAAGAGAAUUUCUCAUAGAGGGUUUGCAUUUGUAACGUUUGCAGAUGAAGCCUCAGCUACACGUGUUUCUCGGCUUAGACAUUUCAUUCAUGGUCGAGAGAUUGCUGUGGACUUUGCAUCUCCUACAGAUCGAAUGCAUGGGACUGGGUCGAUUUUUGUGAAUCAAGAUCCAUCAACUGGAGUUAAACAAAGCUCGCCUCCCUCUGAAUUGGUUGUUGGGGCUGCAACUGAAAAUGAGAGUUGUAUCCAGCCAUCAACUAGUUCAACUGCUAGGUGGGGAAAGAAGCUUUUCAUUGGACGAAUUCCUAUGGAGGCUUCAGCUAUUGAUAUUCGGUUGCAUUUCAGUCAGUUUGGCCAUGUUUUAGAUGUCUAUCUUCCCAAGGAUGACAGAAAAACUUCUCAUAGAGGAUUUGGUUUUGUUACAUUUGCGGAAGAAAUCUCAGCCGAGUAUGCUUCUCAAAAAGUGCAUAGAAUUCUGGGACAGAAGAUUGUGUUGGAUCGCGCAGCUCCCCUAGAAAGCGAACUGAGUACAGAUCCCACUUCCACUUCCAUAGCCAGAACAUUAGAGAUGUCUGUUUCAACACAACAAAAUAUAGCCAAUCAACAAACUCAGGACACCAAGAAGGUGAGACUUGGUGAUAGCUGGUAAGGCAUACAAAUGAAGGGGAGAUAGCCCAAAUUGCCUUGCCUCAAUUGCAAUGUAUCAGGAUUCAAAAUAUUGCAAUGUAUCAGGUGCGUAUUACACAAUGUGUAUUGAUUUUCAAGGUCACUAGUACAAGCAAUACUUGAGUUAGGUGGGUUUAAAGAACUACCUAGCAUUAACACUAUGCUCCUGUUGGAGUCAUCUAGUCUUCUGUGGUGCAUUAACAUGAUUAUUGCUGAUUGCAGAAGCUUGCUUUCUGACCUCAUAAUAGUCUGUGUUUCAUGCUUUAUCUUGUCUACAUGUAUCCACAUGGCUUAUGCAUCCUGAUUUUUAGAAGACAUGUACAUUCUGAUCUUCAUCGAGAUUGAACGAAUAUUCUUUUAAGAUUCAAAAAAAUAUCCUACUAUAUUGGAUUGAAUUGGAGUAGAUCAAAAUCCCAUCCAUUGACAACUCUUUAAGAUGGUAAUUGGUAAUGAAUCAAAAUGAGUUUAAAGAAUCUCUAAUACAAAACCUAUAUGAAAAAUACAUAGGAAAAUAAAAAACAAUUUAAAUGAAAAGGUUGAAAUUAAGCUUGAAAGCUACUAAACCAUUUUUUAUGACAUGGUCUAGUAGGCAAUAGGCAAGUUUACCAUUACUUUGCACUUUCUUGUAUUAUGAAAAUCUAUUAUAAAUUUGUUAGGCUUAUGAUUAUGAAUCUGUUAGAUAGUUAUGCCCUUAGCUCCAAUCAGAUUGAUGUACUUAUUCACAUUUAUUGUAAAUGAAUGAAAUACAUAAGUGGUUCGUGUUAUUAUGUUUUGUUUCUGCCAAGGCUGACACUAAUGUGCUGUCAAGAAAGUUGGAGUGGUUUGUCUCAACUGCCAAGAUAAGACCUGAAGCACAUGUAGUGUGGGUUUGAUUGAAACUCCGAACUGGACUAUUUUCUAAUUAUGCCCUAGACCUUGGAGAUAGAUGGGCAAAACUGGAAAAUUACACCUAACCCCUAGACUCGAUUAUGGUAUAGCACUUGGUGUAAGAUUAGGCUGUCUUUUAUAUGCCAAUUAGUGAGAUCCUUARAGGGGUCAAAACCUGGGUAUGUUGGGGCAGUCUGAGAAUUCACUUGAGUG